GAAUAGUUAAAAAAUUAAUUUUUUUUAUUCAAAAAAGGGUGUUUUAAUUAUUGUGUUGGUUAGUGAAAUAUACGAGGAUUUUUCAAAAAUACGGAUCAUAGAAUGGCAUUAUCUUAUCUAAAUGAAACUCAGAUUAACCCAGGUUUACGUGAUGUUCAGCAAUUCGAAAUGAAACAAGAGAAAGACAAGCAUCAAUCAUCACCACCAUCAUCACCAACAUUAAACAAUCAAUCAAUAUAUCCACAAUUAAACGCAGCAGCAGCAGCAGCAUCUCUAAUGUCACCACAAUUAUUAGCUCAUACAUUGUCAUUGUAUGCUGCUGGUUUUAAUCCAGCACUACCAUCAACAAUGCCAAUGAAUGUUGCAGCAACAAAUCAUGCAUUAUAUACACAUGCUGCACAUGCAUUAUUUAACAGUUGGUUAUCACCAACAGCAACAUCACCACCAUUGCAAAUGCAACAAGGACAAUUAUCACCACCAGUUCAUAGUUUAAAAAAUAUCAAUAAUCAUACAUCAAGAAAUCAUCAUCAUAAUAAUAAUAACAACAAUAAUAAUAGUACAAAUAACAACAACAAUAUUAAUCACAAUAAUAAUAAUAUUGUAAGUAGUAGUGUUGAUAAAAAAAAAUCACAAACAACAAAACGUCGUGGACCAAAAGUUAAAACAGAAAUAUCACCAAUGUUAGUUGAGGGUGUACCACCAAGUCCACCAAAUUCAGUUAGUCCAGAAGCAAUAAGAGAUGUUAAAGCUAAAUCAUUUACAUGCAGUACUUGUCAUCGUUCAUUUGCAUAUAAACAUGUACUACAAAAUCAUGUUCGUACACAUACUGGUGAGAAACCAUUUGUUUGUCCAGUUUGUCAAAAAAGAUUUACACGCGAUCAUCAUUUGAAAACCCAUAUGAGAUUACAUACUGGUGAAAAACCAUAUAAAUGUGAACACUGUGAUCGUCGUUUUGUACAAGUUGCUAAUUUACGUCGUCAUGAACGUGUACAUACUGGUGAACGUCCAUAUAGUUGUACUGAUUGUGCACAAAGAUUUAGUGAUUCAAAUCAAUUACGUGCACAUCAAUUGAUACAUCAAAAUGUACGUCCAUUUCAUUGUGAACAUUGUGAUACACGUUUUCGUAGAAGACAUCAUAUGUUAACACAUAAAUGUGUUGCUAAUAAUAAUAAUAAUAAUAAUAUAAAUAAUAAUAAUUUAAAUAGACAAACACCAUCAAUUGCAAGUGAUGAUAUGGAUGAUUAUGAAGUUGAUAUUGAUGAUAUUGAUGAUGAUAAAAAUAAUUUACCAACAAUGGUUAAUUAUACAAAUCAAUUAAUGAAUAAAUCAACAAUUGAUAUUAUAAAUAAUAAUUGUAAUGAUACAACAAUUAAAGUACCAACAAAUUUACAAAAACGUAGUCAACCAAUAAAUAUACCAGAACAAACUGAACCAGAAGAUUUAUCAAUGUCAACUGGUAUGAAUAAACAAUUAUUAUCACACAGUCACAGUAGUGGUGAUUCAGUUAUUUCAAAAAGUCCAAUAAGUGAUACAUAUUUACAUGAUGAUGAUGAUGAAGAUGAUGAUGAACAUCAUUAUCGUACAAAAUUAAUUAAACUUGCUAUUAAUAAAAGCAAUAAUCAUGAAUCAUAG